AUGAGAAAAGACUCUGUUAUUGCUAAUAUUGCAAACGAUCUUGAAUUAGAUAUUAAGCAGCUAUCAUUUAGAAAAUUUUGCAUUGUUUCUCAUGUGUCUGAGAAAUAUUUUUUAGUGAAUUUACAAAAUGGGAAUUUAUGCAUUAAAAACAGAAUUGAUAGAGAGUCACUGUGUGGAAGAGCAGCUCCCUGCUUACUAACCUUUGAUGCAGUGGUUGAAAACCCUUUAAAGGUUGUUCCUGUCACCAUUGAAAUUCAGGAUAUUAAUGAUAAUUCUCCACAAUUUUAUCAUGAAACUAUUGCUUUAGAAAUUAUUGAAUUUACUUUACCAGGAACACAUUUUAUUUUACAAAAUGCAGAAGAUCCAGAUAUUGGGAUUAAUUCUGUUCAAACAUACAAACUCAGUGAUAAUCAACAUUUUACACUGAGUGAAAAGACCAGCAAUGAUGGCAGUAAAAUUCCAGAACUUGUUUUAGUGAAACCUUUGGAUCGGGAGACACAAAACAUUCAUGAAUUAAUUCUAACAGCACUGGAUGGAGGAAAUCCUAUUAGAUCUGGAACUGCUCUCAUCAAGCUUAUAAUUACUGAUGCCAAUGAUAAUUUUCCAAUAUUUACCCAGGAAGUAUAUGAAGUAAGCAUAAAUGAAAAUGCUCCAAUCAACACAACACUGCUCCAUGUUACUGCAACUGAUCAAGAUGAAGGUCCUAAUGCACAUAUCACAUUUUCUUUUAGAAAAACAUCUGAUAAUGACAUUUCUACUGCUAUGUUUAAUAUUAAUGCUACAAGUGGAGAAAUAAAAACAAAUAGAAAAUUGGACUUUGAAGAAGUACAAAAAUAUGAAUUGUUUGUACAAGCUAAGGAUGGCGGGGGGUUUGUGGCCCGUACUAAGGUCUUAAUAGAAAUAAUAGAUGAAAAUGAUAAUGCCCCAGAGAUAUCCAUUUCCUCAUUAUCUUCUUCUAUACCUGAGGAUUCCCCACCAGGAGCACUUAUAGCACUUAUUAUAGUUCAUGAUAAAGAUUCAGGAGAAAAUGGAGAAGUUGAAUGCCAUAUCACUGAGAAACUUCCUUUUCAGUUAAUAUUGUCAUCUAGCAAAUAUUACAAAAUUGUUACAACUAAAGCUAUGGACAGAGAGAAAGAAUCAUUUUAUAAUAUCACAGUUCAGGCUUCAGAUAGGGGAUCUCCUCCACUUUCCACUACAAAAACUAUCAGGUUGGAUAUAUCAGAUAUUAAUGACAAUCCUCCGGUAUUCGCAAAGUCUGCUUAUGUUGUUUAUGUUCCAGAAAACAAUUUACCAGGAGCCUCUAUUUACAGUAUACAUGCUUUAGAUUUUGACAUUGAAGAGAAUGCCAAAAUUAUUUAUUCAAUUUCAAGCACAAAUACAGAAGAUAUCCCAGUGUCCUCUUAUCUCUCCAUUAAUAUAGAGACUGGAGUUCUCUACGCUCAGCGAUCAUUUGAUUAUGAACAGCACAAGGAGUUUCAAAUCCAAUUAACUGCUAAAGACAAAGGAACCCCAUCUCUCAGUAGCAAUACAACAUUAAUUAUACACAUAGUUGAUCAGAAUGAUAAUUCACCAACGAUCUUGUAUCCAUCACCAGAAAAUGAUGGCACUGCUUUAUUUGAGUUGGUUCCCUUUGCCUCUAUAAAAGGCUCUUUAAUAACAAAGGUGGUGGCAGUAGAUGCUGACUCAGGACAUAAUGCUUGGCUCUCUUAUAAUUUGCAAAUGUCAGAACCUUCUCCCUUCAACAUAAAUCGGAAAACAGGAGAAAUAAGAACAUCACAUGUCUUUGAACAGAAAGAUAUUUUGAAAUAUAAGCUGGUGGUUUUGGUGAAAGACAAUGGUGUCCCAUCUCUGACAGCAACAACAACCUUAAGUAUAAUUAUUGCAGAUUCUUUCCAACAGGUGGUUCCCAAAUUCACUAAUCAACUCAAUGAUGAAGACUCUCCACCUAACUUACAAAUGUAUUUAGUAAUAGCUUUAGCUCUGAUUUCAUUUUUAUUUAUUAUAACUAUUAUGUUGCUUAUAAUAUCCAAAUGUAAGCAAUCAAAAUCCCCUCCAGCUUUUGGAUCUUUCAGUACCAAUCUUUAUUCUCAAGUUGACCCUAGAAUGCUUUCUCAAUAUGACAAUGGGACUUUACCUUAUCCAUAUCCAUAUAAUGUAUGUGUGGCUUGGGAUUCAAGUGAAAGUGAAUUUACUUUUACAAAACCAAAGAAGGAUGUCCCUACAGAUAACCUCAUUGACGCUGAUGACUCUGGACUAGGAAAUGAAAAAUUGCCCGAGCCAUUACCUUCUAAUAGUCUUGAGAAGGUGAGUGAUUAUUAUUGGACCUAA